UUGAAUCAUUCCAGUCGCAGUGCCAACCCAAUAACUUUACUUAGCACAACCAGUGUGUUUUUGUUGAAGAAAUAAUUAGUCAGACAACUGACAAAGCAAGAAUAUGUCUCUACCAGGUUGUUUUGUAGCUGUACAUGCUGGUGCUGGUUUUCAUUCUCCACGUAAAGAGGAAGAAUAUAAAGAUGUUUGUAAAACAGCUUGUUUACAGGCAAUGCAGUUACUUUUAAAAGGAGAAUCGACCCUUUCUGCUGUAACUGCUGCCACAAUUUCAUUAGAGGAUGCAUCAUGUACAAAUGCUGGUGUUGGUUCAAGUUUAACUAUGAAUGGAAUGGUUGAAUGUGAUGCUAGUAUCAUAGAUGGACAGACAUCUUUAUUUGGUAUUGUGGGAUGUUUACAAGGUGUUAGGAACCCAAUAAAAGCCGCAAAGAAACUGAUUGAAAAGCAGCAGAGUGACAACCUAUCCCAUGGUAGAAUACCACCAAGUGUUUUAGUUGGACAUGGUGCGAGAAAAUGGUGUGAACAAUCUGGUAUAGAAACUUGUGAUCCAGCUCUUCUAAUAACAGAAUCUUCUAAAAGAAUGCAUCUUAAAUAUAGAAGAAAAAUUGAAGGUUGUUCUUCUAAACAUGAAAAAGCCCAUGAAGUAAAGAGAAGCAGGAUUGAUGAAGACGAUAUAAAUGGUAGUGUACAGGAUACUGUUGGUGCUAUAUGUAUAGAUAAUAAUGGUAAUAUAACUGCAUCAUCUUCUAGUGGAGGAAUAUGGUUAAAACAUUCUGGUAGAAUUGGACCGGCGGCUACUUAUGGAGCUGGAUGCUGGGCUAAAAAUAAAACAAAGGACAGAUCUGGUGUAGCCGUGACAACUUCAGGUUCAGGUGAAGAUAUUAUAAGAAGUUUAUUAGCUAAAACAUGUGCUGAUCAUAUACAGACAGUUGAUAAUGUACAUCAAGCUAUUAAUGAAGUCUUCAAUAAAGAAUUUAUAGGAGAUGAUAGUGAAAAACAUGGAGGAGUUUUAGUUGUUAAAACAGAAGAUGUUGAUUCAGUUGAGUUGCUGUGGGCGCAUACGACUGACAGUAUGUGUAUUGGAUAUAUGUCAUCCUUACAGAAAACACCAAAGACAUUUAUAUCAAGGUUACCUAGUGACAGCCAAUCAGGAGUUUCACUUAAAAUGGAGGGAAAAUAUAUAAAUUUUACAAAUAAAAAAUAAAUAAAAACUUUUCUGACUA